AUGCCUUCCAAAACCAAAACCAUCCACGUCCCCCAUCUCGGCGGCAUCGACGCGGGAUACCAAAUGUCCGAGAACUACGAUGCCUCGAAACCCACGCUCGUCAUGGUGAAUAGCUUCACCACGAGCGCGGAGUUGUAUAGGAAACAAUUUGAGGAUGAGGCGUUGACGGGACGGAUGAAUUUGUUGGCGGUGGAGUUGUUGGGGCAUGGGGAGACGAGAACCGACACGGAACACUGGACGUACUGGGACACGGCGAUCAUGAAUUUACAAGUCCUCGACGCGCUGGGCAUCACCGGGAAGGUGUUUGUGCUGGGCACGAGUCAGGGGGGUUGGAUCACGGUGAGGAUGGCGUUGUUGGCGCCGGAGAGGAUCGCGGGCAUCAUCCCCCUCGGCACAUCCAUGGACUACGAAUCCCCGCGCACGCGCGAGCUAGGCUGCUGGAACGGCCCCGAGGCCCUGGCGGCGAGUAUCGACGCGUGGACGACGGCAGAGCCCACGCCGGAGUUCAAGCCUUCGGAGGAGUAUUGUGGGUUUUUGCUGGAGAGUGGGUUUGGAGGGGUGGCGGAGGAGGCGGAGAGGAGGUUUUGGAUUGACACGAUCCAAUCCAACUACACCGGCGAUGCCGGCCGUCGACGCAUCCGCAUGGCGGCCAUCAACCUGCGCGAGCGUGAUGGUCUCCACGGUCGGUUGUUUGACGUGCGAUGUCCUGUGCUCUGGCUGCAUGGCACGGCGGAUCAGGUCUACUCGGUGGCGAAUGCGCAGGAGGAGAUUCGAUUGUUUGUGAAUAGUCCUGAUGCGAGGGUGAGGGUUGUGGAGGGUGGUGCGCACUUCUUGAGUUUUUCGAAUCCGAGGCAGGUGGAUGAGGCGGUGGGGGAGUUUGUGGGGAGGUAUGCGUAG